AUGGUUCCCAUCGUCAGCACGCCACUGGGCUCUACGUACGGUGGAAAUGCAGCUGUCUCUACUUCAUCCGCCCCGCAGGCUGCUAAGAAGCCUCUGGCCGCCAUGGAGAAGUACAUCGAGUCGACAAGGGGACACUUGUCAUUCUUCUAUCAAGAUCUCGGUCUCGAUCCCAAGAUGCCCGAGCCUUCUGCGCCGCCGUUCGAGGUUGCUGAGGGAAGAGUUGGUUGA